AUGGUCACCCAAGAAGAGCGCAAUAUCUUGCGCGCAGAGAUCCGCUCUCGCGGGAAUAAUCUCUCCGCUGCCGAUCGCGAGACUCUGAUCAAGCCAUACCUGCCUGAUCCCGCAGACUUGCCACAGACCCGGUCCAGAGCAUCGACCGCGAAUUCCUCAUCCCACUCGCGGCGCCAGAAGGCCCGCAAGACGCCAAUUCGCACAUUCAUCAAGUCGCAGAUUCACCACCUCACCUACGCUCUCACUCACAUUAUCUUUGGCAUCAUCGUGCGCUUGCUCCAGGCCUACCAUGCCGUUGUCGAUCGAGUCUUCGCCGUCGUCUACCACCACCACCGUACACCUGAGCUGAUUCGCAAGGAUGUGCGGGGAUUGAAACGAUUGCCUCAGCAUCUCAGUGUCAUUCUGACAUUGCGGACCGAGGAUGAUGCGUUAGCGGUCUUGAUGGAUGAGGUGGCCGAACUGACUGCCUGGAGUGCUUGUGCGGGAAUUUCGCAACUUAGUAUAUAUGAGAAAACAGAAGGAAGACUGAUUGAAAAUCCUCAUGAAUUUAGGUGCCUUGAAAUCCUGUAUUCCAGCUCUGCAUCAGAUGGUCACCGCCAAGCUCGCAUCCUACUACGGUUCACCCUCACAACAGCCCCCCUGCAGCUCUUUGCACCUCACCAUGCCGUCUAUGGUGCCACCUCUGGCUCCAAAUCCGAGGUUCCUCCCCUGACGCUCCUUCUUCUCUCCGCCACCGACGGCCGCGAGACCAUGGUGGAUCUGACCAAGACCCUCGCCGAGAUGUCCCAGAACGGAAAGCUGUCCCCGGAGGAUAUCACCCCAGAACUAGUUGAUGCAGAGCUCAGCGAAAUUACCUCCCAGCCACUCCAGCCCGAGGGGGAGACGGAUCGUAUCCCAGCCAACAUCAUCAAUCCCGAGCCUGAUCUGUUACUGAUCUUUGGACCCUACUUGAAAUUGGACGGAUACCCACCCUGGCAGAUCCGCCUCACCGAGAUGUACUGCACCGGGGACCGCAGCCACGGAGUAGCCGGAUUUGGAGAGGCUGUGGAAUACCAAGGUUUCAUGCGGGGCCUGUGGCACUACGCUGGAGCUCAAAUGCGGUUUGGACGGUAA